AUGGACAAAUGCAUAAUGAUUACCGCUUGGACUUUAUCGGCUGGUCAAACCUAUGGAUCGGAGCUCCAGCUACAAUAUCGUAGAAACUCCAGGCUUCCACGUCUAGGAGUUUAUUUACUUAGGAAAAUUAUUAUAAAGGGAGCAUUAGAUCGUGUACUGCCGAUAGAAUAUAUUAAUAUGCUCCGAAAAAUAAGAUAUAAUGGAUUUAUGGAUUCUUACAGCGAUAUUGGCCAAGAAGUUGUUGGAAUUUACCUGGAUUGUAUAAUUGCUUUAGAUUUUGUGAUGCGUGGUUUCCCUCCAAUAUCUUGUCCAAGUAGAAUCUUUAGAGUGCCGGAAACGUUUGAAUGUGCACAAAGUAAAGAAAUAUAG